AUGGAGGACGAUACAUCAAACGAUGUUGAGGCUGUGGAGUUCAUUGAAUCUCAGGGUGACAACGAUUCUGAAAAACGUCCCAUCAUGCUUCUACUAAAACGUCUUAUACGCAAUAAGCAAAACACAGUAAUGACGAAUACACAAAUUAUUGAAAUACUUCAACUUGAAUUUAAUAUUGAAAUAAGUAACUGUCAUGAACUCGAAGUUGACAUAUACAUAAAAAUAAUAAAGAAAUAUCUCAAAGACUGGCCGCAGUGGGAAGAAUUAGAACGUAUUUCGAGCAAGUUAAGCAAUGUGAAAGACUUUGAUGCAGUGGCCAAAGUUCUGAAUCACAAAUAUAAAAAUUUGAAAGAGUACUUAGGUGUUAUGCUCGAGGCUGCCAAACCUUUAACAAAGAAAGCCGUUAGAGAAUUAGCAAUAGAUUUAAAUAAAGGACAAAACGUUGAUUCCAGUGAAGUCGUUAUGGAGGUAUAUUGCACGAGGGAACAACUCAAUCAUUUAUUCUUCAGGAAACCACGUGCCGAUCUCAACAACGCAAUAUUUAAUAUAAAUAAAAUUGAACCUACCAAGAUUUCUCUAAACACGUUAACAUUUGAAUCUAUCCUGAAUUUUUGGUGGACGAAAAUCUAUAUUCAGUUACCAAACUUUACUUACUUUCGAGAGCUUAUUUAUAAAUACAAACAUACGCUUGUUAACAAAGUAAGAGAUGAAAAAACGCCAGCGGAAAUUUUAGACACUCGGGUCUACAACAAAGCCAAAAAAGUCAAGGAGCAUCCCAAAACUGCAGUAUACCAGUAUUUUGACAAAAUUCUGCAACUCUGCAAUGACGAACACGUAGUGCAAUUAUUGCAAGUAAUAUUUCACGUACUGAAAACUGAUUUAAUAGAUCUGCCAGAUACUGUGAAAAUACCCUCAAAUUACAGAAAACAUGUAAACCAAUAUAAUUAUGUUCGAUACUUAUACGUUGAGAAUGAAGAAAGUGAUGACACCAAGUAUGAUUUGCAGCUAGAGGAAGUUGUGACGCCUUCAUAUCAAAUAUUAAUCGGAAGACUUGGGAAAAUGCCUGAGUCACUUCCUCCUGUACAAGAAUGGCUUAAAAUUGAGUGCAUGAUGUGUAAAGCCAAAUUUAUGGGUACCACGGAGUUGAUGAGCUUACUUCAGGCCCAUUUUAAUGACUGCCACCAACAUGAGCCAGAUUGGCAGUGUCCCCACUGUAAAAGAUUGUUCAGUAUGGAUUAUUUGUCGAAAAAUCGGUGGUGUCACGAAUGUUAG